AUGGCGCAGCCCACCUUGGAAGGCUUACCCGUGGAACUGCAUAUUUCCAUCCUCUUCACCCUCCCCGAUACGGCGUCUGUGUGGUCGCUCAUCCUUACAUCUCCCACAUACUACGGUGCAUAUCAGCGAGUGAAAAAGGAGCUUCUCUCAAGCCUGUUAAAGAAACACUAUGCCGGCCUCGUGGAUAUCACCAAUGCUAUCACUGUCAUUCAUUCCAGAGGAUUAUACGCUCAUGAUAUAGCGAACAAGGAAAAAAUCAUUGCCCUUCUCAAUGGCCGACACCGCAGCGAGGAGAUCCGGCGGCUGAAACUAUCAUCUAGACCUCUACCAGAUGAACCGGCUGAUGACCAAGAACUCAUGCAGUUAUUACAGCUACAUAAUCACGCAUUAUUCUUCCUCAAUGAUUAUCGCCGAAAUACCGAGAAGCAACGCAUUCUCCGCGCCUUUUAUCGACUGCAGAUCUACGGUAAUAUAUUCGGUCCCAUUGAACAAUCAGCCGAUUCAGAGAAUAACCCUCAGAAUAAUGAGUGGUAUCAGCAGGAGAAGACUUUCAACAACUUGAGAUCAACUAGAAGUGGAGUUAUCUUUGUCAGCAAAUUCCCCGAAGAAUUGCGUGUGCCUCCUGCAACGGCCAUUCUAGACAAGGAUGAUCUCGUGUAUGCCACGGAUGUUCCCGAACAUAUGGCCUCCGUAGGUCCGACACUCCUCUACAAGAUUCUGCGGGAAAAGCGCUUUAUGGCUCACCGCGACUUGGUCCUCAUCAACGCUCGACGAUUAGUGUAUUAUUGGUGCGACGAUGAGAUGUGGCCAAGACCAGAUAGUGGAGAUGAGGUGUAUCUUAUUGAACCUGCCAACAGGUUCGACUUUGGCACUGACCUCAAUGGGCUCAGAAAAUUCCUGGAAACAUUACCACCGGCUGAGCGGCCUAACCUAGCCUGGAAGCGACGAUGGCUGCGGGAUGACAAUGAUUUCCCCGUGGUUUUCUGGGAUAUGUUCGAAUAUGGGGGAGAAAAUAAGCAUUGGCCGUGGGGAUAUGCGUUUUGGGACGACGAGAGAAUCAUCGAGUGGAAGACGCCACUGCUGGCCGAUGACUAUCCGUUCCGGGACCCAGUACAUAAUGAGUGA